ACCUGCUCAAUCAGAAAAUAAUUAAAUAAAAAAGAAUAAAGGAAAACCUCAAUAACAAAAAAAGCAGGUGCCGUUUUCAGGCGCCUAAGCCAAGUCUUCUUCUCGUCUUUUUGUUCGUACGAAAGAAACGUUUCGAUCUUUCAACCAUGGCCAUGAAGAAGAUCUGCUGCGCCGUCGUUUUCGCCGCUGCCUCCCUCAGCACCGUCAUGGCUGCUGAAACAGUCGCUCCCGCCCCCGGCCCAAGCGGCGCCGAUGCUGCUGCCGCUGCUGGGCUUGCUGCUGGCGGGCCUGCUGCUGCUGCGGGUGGGCCUGCUGCAGGGCCCACCAGUGCCGCCGGCUCGGCGUUGCCGGCCUUUGGGACUUUGGUUGGAGCCUCCCUCGUCUCUCUCGUUUCCUAUUAUUUCCAGUAAGUUGUGAAAAUUCCCAGAGAGAGGACACGUGGGCAUGAAUAAAUAUGGAAAAAAAUUGAAAUAAUAAAAAAAAAGUAGAAAAACAAAAUACCCAAAUACAAGAGAAAUUGGGAGAAAUUAAAGAGGGGAAAUUGGUUGAGACUUGAGAGGAUAGUAAUGUCAUUCAAGCAUUUGUAUUUGUUUUUCCUCCCUUUUCAUUUAUGUUUCUUUUGUAAUUUGCAACGCACCUUGAUUUGUGGCAUUAUAUUGAAAUGAAAGGGUAUUAAUUAAUUUAUUAUUAAAUUAUUGCAUAGCUCCACUUCAUCAAUAUACUUGAUCCAAUUGAUUGAAUAUCAAUGACUAAUCGCAUUCUUAAUAAUGUUAAAUUUUGUGA